AUGACGAGGAAGCUAAAGGAUCAACAAAGCGGCACGACUGCAUCGGUUCGAUCUAGUAGUAAUAAUAAUAAUAAUGCUACGAACAAUCGUUCCACGGUGAGUUCGAGCGGCUCCCACGCUCCCAGUGCAAGUCGGAAACAACGGCCAAGCAAGACGGCGCGUCGCGUGAUACUGGGUCGCUUUCUGUUUGUCUCUAUUCUGAUUGCCGUUGCGGUGGCGCUGGGCAUUGGGGCUUAUUGGCUGAUUGCCAGUGCAGAGAACAACUUGGCCACGACCGAGUACUACAGUCUCAGCGAACGCGCCAUGAAGACGGCCCAAGAAAUCACGUUACGAAAACGACUCGGGACUGUCACCAUGGCCAAAAUGGCAGCCAGUCUUCACCCGCACGCCCACGCCUGGCCGUUUGUCACCAUUCCCGGGUACGAAGUCACCACGCAAAACCUCAUCCAAACCAGCAAUGGCAGGGAGAUGGGGUUUUGUCCCCUUGUGCGACCUCACCAACUACAAGACUUUGAAGGCUUUGCCUACAACUACUACUACCAUGCUAGACAACCAGAAGUGUUCCCCAACACCACUGCUGUAAGUCCCUUUGGAAGAGGUGUUUGGGGAGUGGGGGAAGGAGGACGAUACCACGAAGUCGACGGUUCCACGGCGUGGAAUUCAACCAGGCAAAUCCUUGCCCCUAUCUUGCAUCACAACGAAGGACCCUUUCCGGCGCUCAUGCUCAACCUACACUUUCAAAAGACCAGAGGAAUCGUCAUUGAUGCCAUGAUGGAUUGUGCUGAGCAAAUGAUAGCUACUACGACUACUGCUACUGCUACGACUGGUGAAAGCAACGAUACGUCCACCGAGUGCGGAGCCAUCACCGACAUGCUUGAUCUCACCAGUCAGGAGGAAGGCACGGGACCCGGGGCGCUCAUCAUGCAACCCAUUUACGCUACCGGUACUCUCAACAGCACUAGCAAUGAUACGACGACUCUCCUGGUCGGACUGAUUGCCAGCUCCAUUGUCUGGGACGAAACACUCGUGGAUGUCUUUGCAUCCUCGGUCAGUGGCAUUGACUGCGUGCUCAAAACACAAGACACCACAUACACGUACUCCAUCAACGACGGAACUGCAAAGGUCAAGGGAGAAGGAGAUCUGCACAAUCACGACUACAAUGACUACCGUCUUUCCAUUCAAUUGACGCCUGAUGGAACGUUCUCGCAAGCAUCUCCACAGUACAAGCUUUGCAUAUACCCCAAUGAAGAAUUCUUUGAGACUUACACCACAAACAAUCCAUGGAUUGCCUUGGCGGCUGUCAUUGGAACACUCCUGCUGACAUCACUCUUCUUUUUGUCUUAUGACUUUUGUGUACGAAAGGACAUGAACGCCAAGCAAGAACUACUCGCCGCGAAACGAAACUUUCUCAGAUUCAUAUCGCACGAAGUGCGAACGCCCCUGAAUGCCGUUUGCAUGGGCCUGGGCAUGCUAGAAGAAGAGCUUCGCAAUACACUCGCCAAUUCCAACGACGAUCCAAACAACAACACCAAUACCAAUACCGGAAUCAACAACGCAAAUGCUACCACCACUGUCACCACGAACGCAACACUCGAAGAAUCCACGCCUCUCUUCUCACUGGCGGCAAAAGAACCACUCCGUGAUGUCGAAGCACCUCCUACUCCUCCAACAGCAACAUCUACUUUAGCCGUCCCGAUCCUGCCUCCUGCUUCUGCUGCGGUUAUCCAACAAGAGACUCUCUCCGACUGGCUAUGCUUGACACAAGACGUACUACACAGUGCACAAAACUCAGUCGAUGUACUAUCUGAUAUACUCAACUAUGACAAGGUCGAAAAUGGAAGUCUAUCACUCGAUCUCGCAAAAGUUGACAUUUGGGAACUCGUAUACAGAACUAUCAAUGAGUUUCGACUUUCGGCAACUUCCAAACAACUUCAACUUGAGUGCAUAUUCCUCAUUGACAAGAACGAUGAUGUUGACGACAAUUUUCAAGGACAGUACGAGUCGCCCACAGAUUUGCCGACCCAGGUGGCGCAGCGUCAACGAGUCAUUGGCGAUUCCGUACGCAUCACACAAGUCGUACGAAAUCUCGUCUCCAAUGCCAUCAAGUUCACACCUGUAGGAGGACAGAUUCGUGUACAAGCAAAAUGGAAUCGUAGCUGCCACCCCAACAAGAAUCACCCGACAAACAACAGCAAUAAAAAGAAGACAGUGCUCAGCUCGGGAGAAGAAAUCCAAGUGGAACCAUCCGGAUACCUCGAUUUGACCGUCACCGAUACGGGGGCCGGCAUGAACUCAGAACAGCUCGCUCUCUUAUUCUCUUCCGGUGUCCAAUUCAAUGUGAAUGAACUUCAAAAGGGAGCUGGAAGUGGCUUGGGGCUCUUCAUUGCAAAAGGAAUCGUAGAUUCGCACGGUGGAUCCCUCGAAGCAAAUUCGGAAGGAAUUGGCUACGGCACAACCUUUGAACUCAUCCUGCCGCUGGUUCGCAUUCCGUUGCCCGGAGGCAGAGGAGACGAAAUAAGCAACACUUCCAACCAUGAACCAAUCCAGUUGGGAAAUGGUGCUCCGGUGGUGGAGACACCGCCUGCGGAUCGCCCAAUGACGACCAGGAGCGGCAGUGUCUCGGCCAUGUCGAUUUCAUCCGCAUCGCCAGCAGGCAAGAAACUCCUGGUCGUCGACGACGCUCCCAUUAAUCGCAAACUACUCAUCAAGCUACUGAAACGAAAAGGACAUGAUUGCGAGGAAGCCUGUGAUGGAAAGGAGUGCGUCGACAUGAUUGUGGCAGCGAUGGAAGAGGGUCGACGCUACGAUACCAUUCUGCUUGAUUACCAAAUGCCCGUCAUGGAUGGCCCGACGGCGGCCAGCGAGAUUCGCAAACUGGGGUGCGAUUCCUUCAUCGUGGGCAUUACAGGGAACGUACUGCCAGAAGACGUCAUGGCCUUCAAAGCAAAGGGUGCCAACGCUGUGCUGCCCAAACCGUUUGAAAUGCCGGCUCUGGAGUCAUUGUGGAUGGAGUAUGGGAUCGAGGAAUGA